AUGAAUGAUCCAAGACAUAUAAGUUAUUUAUAUAGUAAAGUAAUAUUUAAUGAUAAUAUUCAACAAAUUGUAAAUUAUAUAAAUCAACAAUCAGCGGUUUUAGAGAAUCAAAGAUUAAACAAUAUAAUAGAUGUAAGACAAUUGGUAUUACUUGGUCAAUGUUACUUUGAAUUGAAAUCGAUUGAAGGUUUUAAAAAGUCAAUGGACUUUUACAAAGAAGCAAUGGAUUAUAUAGCCUUAUCACCAUUUUCAACAAGACAAGUGGAUUAUGCAUAUGUAUUAGCAUGUCAUGCAGUUUCAUAUCAUUCACAUGAAUAUUAUAUCGAUGGAAAAAGAGAAGUUUCAAGAUUUACAAAAAAGUUAAGAGAACCAAAAGAUGUUUAUGAUCAAAUUGAAGCUGCUUUAUCAAUUUUAACAGAAAUUCAAUAUAGUGGUCCACAAAUUGGUGUAAUUAUAAAUAUGUAUCUUGAAUGUGUAUUUUCAUGUGGUAAAACAGCAAUGUCAAUGCAAUAUGAAGAAGCAGAGAUUGAAUAUUUGAAAGCAUUGGCAAAACAAUCAUUGGUUAAUUUAAAAGGAAAUGGAUUACCAGAUCUUAAUGUUGAUGUAGCGGAUGGAUAUUGUAUGUUGGGUUGUGUACAUUUACAUUAUAAAGAUAAGAAAUUGGCAAGAAGUUAUUUCAAUAAGGCCAUUGAAUUAUAUUCCCAACUUUAUAAUCAUCAAACUCAUCCAAAGAUUUCAUUUGUAUAUAGUAGAAUUUUAACAACAAUAUUGGAUUUAAAGGACCAAAAUAGUGGUUUAAAGGCGAUUGCAAUCAAAAGAGCUUAUUAUGGUCAUUCUCAUUUCGAAGUUAUUGAUCCACUUUAUUCAACCUAUGUUUGCUUAUUAAAAAAUAAUUCUUAUAAUAUUACUGUUGAAAAUGACUUGAACGCAACUCAAAAAUUAAAUGGUUUAAAAACAAAUUCUGAACAUAUUUGGGAAGAUUUAAUAAAUAAUCAAUUUAAAAUUAAUACAUUAAAUAAAAAUUUUUAUUGUCAUGGACAAGUUUCAUCACCAAUUUCAAUAUCAAUUAGAGAUUUUGGAUUAUUACAAAUUCCAUGUUGUUCAACUCAAUUAAAAGAAAUAAUUGAAAGAUUUAAAUAUAGGUUUACAUAUAAAGGUGUUUUUGAAAUUCCAUUGGAUUUAAUUACAUUUGAUAAUGAUAUUUGGGCUAGUACAAAGAAAAUUAUGAUUCAAAAGGUGAAAGUUGGUUUAGGAAUUCAAGAGAAUGAAAAGAUAACAUUAGAAUUAUACAGACUUUUAAUUUAUAAUAAAGAUUCAAGUGUUGCCACAUUUAUAAAACCAAAAACAUAUAAUUCAUUUGGAUCACAUUCAAGUGGUUCAAAUAGUAGUGGUGAAGAAUCUUUAGCUGAUAUUGAAAAAUUAAAAGUUAGAAGGAAUAGUACUGGUAGUAGUAGUAGUAGUAGUAGUAGUAAUAAUAGUAAUAGCAGCAAAAAUAAAAAUAAUAAUAAUAAUAAUAAUAAUAAUAAUAAUAUUAAAAAUUUUAUUGGUACAUUAGGUAUGGUUUUACCAUCAACUCAUAGUGGUGGAAAUUUAAUUAUAUCACAUAGGGAUGGUCAAACUGUUGAAAUAUCAUUACAAGUUGAACCAGAGCCAACAGCUCAUAUUAUAAAAUAUGCUGCAUUUAACUCUGAUUGUAGUUAUGAAAUUCAAACUGUAACCUCUGGUUAUAGAGUUACACUAUUAUAUAAAAUUAUGAAAACUGGUAAAAGGACUUCUCAUUCACCUUCAACUUAUUCUUCUUUAUCACCAACUUUAUCAAACACAUCAUCAAAUUCUCCUUCUUCUUCUCCCUCACUAUUAUCUCCAACUCUUUUUCCAAAUUCAACUACAACAACAACUACAACUAAUAAUAAUAAUAGUAAUAAUAAUAAUAAUAAUAAUAAUAAUAAAAAUAUAAAAAAUGAAAUUCCACCAAUAAUUGAUAUUGCAAAUAAUAUUCAAGAAAUUUAUAAAGAAAUUAAAAAUUUAUUACAAUUUGAUUCUGAUAAAUUUAUAUAUGUUUUAGAGAAUCAAUAUGAAACAGUAUCCCAAAUUACUGGUGGUAAUGAUCAAAUUAUAUUGGAAAAAUUAAAAUCAGCAGUACAAUUAAAUGAUAAUAAUGAUAAUAAUAAUAAUAAUAAUAAUGAUAAUAAUAAUAAUAAUGAUAAUAAUAAUGAAGCUGGUGAUAAUGACCACCAAAAAUUAUCAUUAUUUUUAUCAACUUUAUAUAUUGAAGAAACAGUUUUAAAAAAAGAAAAUCAAGUAAUUUAUAAAAAUAUAUUUUUAGAUAAUUUAAUAAAUUGUUGUGAAGGUGAUGAUAAUGAAGAGGAUUUAAAAUCAGAAACUACAACAACAACAACUACAACAAUGGAAAAAUUAAAAGAAUCUAAAGAAAUUGUAGAUAUCAACAAAGAUAGUCAAACUGAAAUUAAUAAUAAUAAUAAUAAUACUACCACUAUUUCAGUAAAUUUAGAAAACGAAAUCUUACCAAAUGGUUCAUUAAAUCAUUUGACACCCUAUAAAAUUAAAAAUUAUAAUAUAAAAUUUUAUAAAACUUCAGUUUUAGUUGUUUUAUUAAAUAAAAAAAAAUAA